UGUCAACCCUGAUCGCCGCAUUAUACCUCCCGGUGCCCCUCGCGUUCCUUCUUAUCCCCUCUCAGCCAAUAUGGCUGCCACAGACCUGGCUCACCACCCGACGGUGGCCCAUUAUCUCAGAUUCGUUGCUACUACAGUCGGCCGCGAUAAAAUCCUCCGCACCCUCCAAUACUUCUCGCGUUUCUACGCUUGGUACCUCUACCGCACCAACUACCCGCAAGCCUCCAUCGCCCCUUUCGAAGCCGUCAAGAAGCAAUUCGCCCUAACCCGCAAACUGCUCCGUUUCGGCAAGAAUGUAGAGCACUUCAAAGCCGCUGCCGUCCUCCUCGACUCGCGCUCACCGACGGCCACUACCGAUCCCGUGCUCAAAUACCUCGGAAUCGGCCGCCAGCUCGGCUACGCCAUCUACCUCUCCCUCGACAUGGUAUUGUACCUAGAUUCUGCCGGGGUGCGCAAGAUGGCGAAUGCGAAGAAGCUACAGGCUCGCGCGCUGAAGGCGUGGAUGGCUGGCUUGGUGUGCAGUGCCGUUUCCGGGCUGUAUUCGAUGUGGAUGUUGAAGGAGAGGGAAAAGGCUGUGAACAAGAAGGACGGCGAGAGUGUGGUUGAAGGGAAGAUGAUUGAAAAAGAACGCACGGCCGUCCUUACCCAGCUCAUUUCGGACUUCUGUGAUCUCACCAUCCCCAGCACAUCGCUUGGCUAUAUAAACUUGGAUGAUGGCAUUAUCGGCCUUGCCGGGACCGUCAGCUCCUUGAUUGGUGUACGGACAGCCUGGAGAAAGACCGCAUGAUAUAGUGAGUGAUGUCUCAGCUGUCAUUUUUGGAGCAUGUGUGAUGGGUUCACCAUCCAGUUUGCAAAUCGAGUUGACCCCGGGUCCUCGUGGUUAUAUCAAUUCCGUUUGUUGUAGGAGUUUCGACCAGUGUGUUCAACUUCUGCCGCUUUUAAUUUUCAGUCGCUUUUCCCUUCUUGGUUUUUGGUCAUUGUUAUUUGUUAGUUUCUAACAUUUGUUUCAUUUUCAUUUUCAUUUUCAUUCUAUACUCUCCAUUCUCGUGUCUUUACGUUCC